AUGGAUGAAGCGCCAGUAUCGGAACCACGAAGCGUUAUUGAGCAGCCGAGCUAUUUCUGCUACAAAGCUUAUAUUAAGGGAGCCGGUUAUGCAAUGUUUAUCGUAUAUUCGGCAUUAGGAAUCAAACGAAUACAUGAGCAUAUCAAGCAGUACUUUCUGGUAGAACGAUGCGUAUCAUGUCGAGUUUACGGAGUAAGCAAUGUUGAGUUGAUUUCCUAUAUCACAUUUUGGUCAAUUGAUCUGGCCAUAGAUGUGCAACAACUACCGGAAGAUCUGUUUGAUAUGGUUGUUUGGAAACGAUGUAUAUGGGCCGGUGCAUUAUUUGUGGCCAACAUCUAUGCAUUCUUGCUUACAUGUGUUGUGCUGCAGCUAGUCUAUUAUCAACAUUGUAUAGUUAUCGAAGAACAAAUUCUUCGAGAACAACGUCAAGCAUUGAACGACCGAGAGCGAUUUCGUAAUUUGCGGCGCCAGAGGAUGCGAUUCAAUCAGCGUCUCAAUGCUAUACCAGUAGCAGAUGUGCAUAUUCAAAAUAUCGAAAUUGUUUGA